GACGUCGAGCCGAGGCUCUGGCUGUUUAUUGUUCCUUCCUCAGCACGGACAGAGAGAAACGGGCUAACAGUCUGUCAGCCACUUUCUUCACACGGUUAACGGUCGAUUUUACGAAGGUGUAACGGGCUAGACAGCUAACUGCACAAACCAGGGGUCAUGGCGUAUGCGUACCUCUUCAAAUACAUCAUCAUCGGAGACACGGGUGUGGGAAAGUCAUGUCUAUUACUACAGUUCACAGACAAGAGGUUUCAGCCAGUUCACGACCUCACCAUCGGUGUGGAAUUCGGCGCGAGGAUGAUCACUAUAGAUGGCAAACAGAUCAAAUUGCAAAUCUGGGAUACGGCUGGUCAGGAGUCGUUCCGGUCCAUCACCAGGUCUUACUACAGAGGAGCGGCAGGAGCACUCCUAGUCUAUGACAUCACAAGAAGGGACACUUUCAACCACUUGACGACCUGGUUAGAGGAUGCCCGCCAACAUUCCAACUCCAAUAUGGUCAUCAUGCUCAUUGGCAACAAGAGUGACCUGGAGUCAAGGAGAGAGGUGAAGAAAGAGGAAGGUGAAGCAUUUGCCAGAGAACAUGGACUCAUAUUCAUGGAGACCUCAGCUAAGACUGCCUCUAAUGUAGAGGAGGCUUUCAUCAACACAGCCAAGGAGAUCUAUGAGAAGAUCCAGGAGGGAGUGUUUGAUAUCAACAAUGAGGCUAACGGUAUUAAGAUUGGACCCCAGCAUCCCACCACCAACUCCACACUGUCCAGUAGCCAGGGAGGCCACCAGGCUGGAGGGGGCUGCUGCUGAAGCCCCAGAACGCGCCUCCUUAACCUCCAGCCUCGACCCUUCCUCCUCCUCGCCCGCUCCGACCCUCUUGCGUUUCUACAGAAAUGUCCAGGCUCUCUUAACAGUUUAACCUCUCUCUCUCUCUCUCUCUCUCUCUCUCUCUCUCUCUCUCUCUCUCUCUCUCUCUCUCUCUCUCUCCUGCUGCAUUUUUUUCGCUGCAUCUCAUCUCCCCCGAGUCUCUUAACCAUUUUCAUGAGGUCUAGGAGCUGCACCCCAACCAGUCAUCCUGCAGGUUUACGAGGACAGAGUCCGCCUCACCUGCAGAUGUGCCCACCUAAUUUGUAGUUUUUCCUCAGUAGAUUUUGGUUAGACUUUAAGCUUUUAUUUAAAAUUCAACACGCAAACCUAUCGGAGUGUUAUUCCAGCAGUUCCUCUGAAUUCUUUUGGGUGUUGUUGGGAUGAUUCAGUGCCGCAGGAUCGCAAAGCUCUGCGGUGAGUCGACUUUGUCAAGAUGGAGACAUGACCGAGGGUAGACGUGAAACACUCUUAACUGGCUGGUUAUAUGGAAUAAAGCGGGCACUGUGUUUUGUCUAUACACACAUCUGUACAUGUUUUUAAAGACCGUGUUGAUAGCAGGACAUGUUUCAACACGCUGAGUCAGUUUUCAUGCUGUGCCUGUGUGUAUAGGGAUGAUACAAGUAUUCCACUGUCAGUCUGUGAGGUGGGGGAGGCUCCAAGUCGUUCUGUAUUUUGUCCAUAAAAAAAAUGUGCAAAUCAUGUCCUUUUUGUCCUUCCUUUUCCCUGCUUUUUGUCCUUGUUCUCUCUCUGUCCUUGUGCCCUUUUUGUUCAUUUGCAGAUGAUUUGUAUUACUGAACACUAAAAACUGCUUACACAGUGUUUUAAACCACAUGGAGAGAGAAUAAAAGACCAAACUGUU